AUGGCAGCACAGUCGAAGGCCGCCUCCUCAGCGCAGUCGAAGGCCGCCGCCUCCUCUGCUGUCGUGAGCGGCGGCCUUUUCGCGGGCUACGUGGCGAUACAGCUCUCGACGCUGCUUCUCGCGUCUGCGGCGCAACAGAGAGACGUGCAGACGCGCCACGUCGACUCAACGGCGGUCACGCUCUCGGAGCUGGUCAAGCUGCUCAUCUCGCUGGUUGGGAUCGCCGCCACCGAGCGGGUGAUGCUGCGCGGCCUGCUGCGCGCCGUCCGGCAGUCGCUGCUCACCCCGUCGCUGCUUCGAGUCGCGCUGCCGGCGCUGCUCUACACGGUGCAGAACAACGUCAUCUACUCGUCGCUUGCGCGCGUCGACGCGGUCACCUUCCAGAUCACGUACCAGCUCAAGCUCGCCGCCUCGGUCCUCGCCUCGCGACUGCUGCUUGGCAAGCCCGUCAGCGUGGUGCUCGUGCUCACUCUGCUGCCAGCUGUCUCCGCGGGGCCAGGGUUCUUUUCAUUUCUAGGCGUGGUGCUCGUGCAGCUCUCGCUCCGUGCGGAGGACGAGGCGGCGCUGGGCGGCGGCGCGGAGGACGAGCAGGACGAGCAGGCGGAGCUGCUGGACGAGGUUGCGAAGGGCGAGCGGCGGCGCUCUCGCGCGAUCGGCAUCUGCGGCGUCCUCGCCGCGUGCGGCUGCUCUGGCCUCGCCGGCGCGGCGAUGGAGGCGCUGCUCAAGGAGGAGAGAUCUUCGCUCCCGCGCCGCAACCUGCAGGUGUCCGCGGUCUCGCUCCUCCUCGCGACGGCGCACAUGCUCUCCUCGGACGCACAGCGGCUCUGGAGGGGAGGUACUCGCUGCGAGGGCCUCAGCCUCAGCUCCACGCCAACCCGCUUCCCCCUCCUCGAGCAGCAGGGGUCAGGCGGGGGUGUACCCUGGCUAGGCUUGCUGCAAGGGUACAGCCCGCUCACCUACGCGAUGGUUUGCUUCGACUCGACGGGCGGGCUUCUCGUCUCGCUCCUGCUCAAGCACGCCUCGAACUCGCUCAAGAACUUCGCCUCGCCCCUCGGCAUCAUCCUCAACUGCCUCAUCGCGCGCUACUACUCCGCCGACCCCGCCUCGCGAAAGCCGCCGCCGCGCCAGUUCCUCCUCGGCACUGCCCUCGUGCUCCUCGCACUCGGCACGUACAGCGUCGCCUGAGCACAGCCGAGGAGGCGCGGGGGGAACAAGCCGUCGCGCGUUGGUGGGGAAAGGCGUGUGCAGGGAGGGCAGCUACUUUGGCGUUUGGUACUUGGACGAGCACACGCCGGGUGGCCAGCUUGUGCGCGCGCCGAAAAACAGACGUGAAGCCGAACGCCCAGGGUUGCCAGGGGGAGGGCGGCGGGGGCAACGGGCGCAUGGUUUGUAUUUAUUUUAGAACGGAUAGCCGGUCGUCGCUCGUCGC